CCUUGACCUAAACUGCUCCCUCCAUCAGUUCCUCAACCACCCCAAAAUUUCAAUCUUGAUCAACCGACGUGAUGAAGACAUUUUCCGCUACUUGACCAAUCUGCAGGUACAGGAUCUCAGACAUAUCUCCAUGGGCUACAAGAUGAAGCUGUACUUCCAGACAAACCCCUACUUCACAAACAUGGUGAUUGUCAAGGAGUUCCAGCGCAACCGCUCUGGCCGGCUGGUGUCUCACUCCACUCCAAUCCGCUGGCACCGGGGCCAGGAACCCCAGGCCCGCAGGCACAGGAACCAGGACACCAACCACAGCUUCUUCAGCUGGUUCUCAAACCACAGCCUCCCAGAGGCUGACAGGAUUGCUGAGAUUAUCAAAAACGACCUGUGGGUUAACCCUCUGCGCUACUACAUGAUGGGAGAAGGGGGCUACAGGGCAAACAAAAAGAAGCAAGAAAAGGAAGAAAGUAAAAACAGGGACAAGUGUGAGGUGGUGAUCCUGGAAGACUCUGAUGACUAUCAUGUAAUGGAAGACAUUAUCAGCGAGACCUCAGACAGCGAUGGUAUCACCGACAAUGAGACCAUUCAUGACGUCAAGAUCUCUGACUUCAUGGAGACCACCGACUGCUUUGAGACCACUGACAAUGAGAUAACUGACAUUAGCGAGAGCCUCUGUGACAGUGAGAGCCCUGACCACAAUGAGAGCCCUGACAAUGAGACCACCGACAACAAUGAGAGCCCCGAUGACAACGAGACCACUGAUAAUAAUGAGAGCUCUGAUGACAACGAGACCACCGACAACAAUGAGAGUGCCGAUGACAGCAACGAAAAUCCUGACGACAACAAUGAGAACCCUGAUGAAAACAGCGAGAACCCUGAGGACAACACUGAUGACAAUGAAGAGAACCCUGAUGACAAUGAAGAGAAUACUGAUGACGAUGAGAACCCUGAUGGUGAUGAGAACCCUGAUGGUGAUGAUGAGAACCCCAAAGGUGGCAACCAUGGCAGCAAUGGCAACAACCAGGACAGCAGCGACAGUGACAAUGAAGGAGACAAUGAGGGCAGUGAUGAUGAAGAUAAUGACGGCAAUGAAGGCGACAACGAAGGCAGUGAUGAUGAUGGCAAUGAAGGUGACAAUGAAGGCAGCGAUGAUGAUGACAGAGACAUCGAAGAUUACAAGAAUGACAUUGAUGACCCUGACAAGGAUCAGGAUAACAGCAACAACCAGGAUGACUAUGAGGAUGAGGUAGAGAACAUCUCUGAAGAAGAAUCAUCAGUGGAGGAGGAAGAAGAGGGCAGUGAGGAAGACAGUGAACAAGAAGGGGAGGAGAGCGAUAAUGAGGAUGGAAGCGAUAAUGAGGAAGGAAGCGACGAGGAAGGGAUCGAAGAAGACUCAGAAGGAGGAGAAGACUCUGAAGAUUCCGACAUGGAGGAGGUGCUUCAGGUCCAAAAUGCUUGGGCCAACCCGGGGAAGAGGGGCAAAACUGGAUAAACAUUUUACCCUUGCAGGGGAUGCCUCUCUGUAUCCCCCUCCCCCUGCCCCAUUUGCCCUCCCCCUCAGCUAGGGCCGCGCGGCCCCACAUUGCACUUCUGGGGGGUGACCGACUUCGUACACGGGUUAAAAGUUUAUUUUUAUGGUUUAGUAAUUGCAGAGUUCUUAUUUUGGGGGGAGGGAAAGGGGGAUUCCCCCUUCCUUUUGGCCCUCCUCCCCUGCAGGCUUCUGUGUGCUGCUAAACGUAUUUAUUGUGAUGCCUUGGUCAGGGCCCCUCUAUCCCCCUCCUCGUGCUGUGUGGAGUGGACACCCUUGAUCCCGAAGCGGGGAGGGCCGCUGUGGCCUUGGGGGGCUCUGCUGCCACCCUGUUCUCCCAAGCCUCUCUUUCCCUCCAUCCCUCGCGCCCCGCCCCACGCUGUGCCCGCUAGCCCGCCUUGGUGUCUAUGCAAGGCCGCUUGUCAUUGCGGUGUUCCUACCCCCCCUCCCCCAGAAGCCCCUCCUUGUUCCUUGUGAACCUUGGUAAUCCUAAUAAAAUUCUGAGCAAAUUCAAA